AUGGCUUACCUUUCCCUCAUUGCCAAUUCAAAGCAUUUUAUCUACAUCGAGAACCAGUUCUUUGUAUCAAUGAUUGACUCGAACGAUGUGCUCAAUGAGAUUUGUAAAGUGAUCUGCAAUCGGGUUAUAAGAGCGUAUAAGGAGAAAGAACCAUACCGUGUUUACAUAAUGAUUCCACUUCUGCCUGGUUUCGAAGGGAACGUAGGAGCACCCGGAGGAUCUUCUUUGCAAGCUGUUUUACACUGGACUUAUCUAUCGCUCAGUCGUGGUCCCAAUUCGUUAUUCGAGCGUUUGAGAGCGGUCAUACCUAACCCACAUGAUUACAUCUCAGUGUGUUCUUUACGAUCAAAUGACAUCCUGUGCGGAAAACUGGUGACUGAGCUGAUAUACGUCCAUUGCAAGCUACUUAUAGUCGACGAUGAACACGUCAUUAUUGGGUCUGCCAAUAUUAACGAUCGAUCCCAGGUUGGUAAUCGAGAUUCUGAAGUGUGCUUGUUGUUCACGGAUACUGAUAAGGAACCAUCAAUUAUGAAUGGACGACCGUAUGCAGCUGGAAAAUUUGCCAAAUCUCUUCGAGUGCGAUGCAUGCAGGUUAGCAAGCAAUACCUUCAAUAA